AUGGCUGGUCCUUCUCCGUCACCGCACAAGCCUCGUCGCAAGGCUAAUACCAAGAAACCUGGCAAUGGCGGCAGCGACAAUGCCCCUCGCACAGAAGCCCUGGUACGGGCGCCCGCGUUCCCUCUCGCAGCGUUUCUGUGGCCUGCGCGGACUUCUUUGUCGCAAUGGGAAGUUCUACCUGUGAUUCUCAUGGUAGUUGGUCUUUUUCGAUGGGCUGCUGGUCUGUGGGGAUAUUCUGGGUUCAGCAAACCGCCCAUGUUUGGAGACUACGAAGCGCAGCGGCAUUGGAUGGAGGUCACGACACAACUUCCCAUAUCGCAAUGGUAUUUCCACGAUCUUCAAUGGUGGGGUCUCGACUAUCCUCCCCUGACGGCCUACCACAGCUGGCUUCUGGGCAAGAUUGGCUCUCUCAUCGAUCCCUCGUGGUUUGCGCUCUUCACCUCUCGAGGAAACCAGGACCCCAACCUCAAGAUCUUCAUGAGGACAACAGUCAUCAUCUCGGAGUACCUCAUCUACAUCCCAGCCGCCAUUGUCUUCGUGCGACGAUAUAGCAGACUGCAAGGGGUUACCAACUGGACAGCGUGGCUUGCGCUCGUCGCGAUUCUAAUGCAGCCUGCCACCAUUCUUAUCGACCAUGUUCACUUCCAGUACAACACCGUUAUGCUCGGAUUUGUCAUGGCGAGCAUGUCGAGUAUGCUGGCUGAACGCUACAAGUGGGCUGCUGUCUUCUUCGUCGGCGCGCUGGGUUUCAAGCAGAUGGCUCUGUAUUAUGCCUUCAGCGUCUUCUCCUACCUUCUCGGCCGCUGCGUCUACCCUCGACUUAACUUUACUAGGCUCUUUGGAAUCGCCCUUGUGACAGCUGUUUCCUUUGCUAUCCUAAUCCUGCCUCUGGUUCUUGGUACACUCUACGACAAGAGCCAGGGCAUCGAUGCUCACGGAGAUUCCAAGGAUUCUCCUUCACUCCCGCUAUUUCCUCAGCUAGUUGAAAUUCUAGACACCAAAGCCUUUUACUGGCCUAUUGUGGAACAGUUGGUUCAGAUGGUCCACCGUGUCUUCCCAUUCGCGCGUGGCCUGUUUGAGGACAAGGUCGCCAACUUUUGGUGUGCCGCCAAUGUCGUUAUAAAGCUCCGACAGUGGCCAACGGCCCUACUCCAAAAAGCGGCUCUUGGUGCUACUCUUGGUUCGAUUAUCCCACCUAACAUUAUCCUCUUCCUGCGACCACGAAAGUCCACACUACCUUUGGCAUUUGCUGCCACAGCUUGGGGGUUCUUCUUGUUCAGCUACCAAGUGCAUGAGAAGAGUGUCUUGCUUCCAUUAAUGCCCAUGACCUUGCUUCUGGCUGGAAAGCACGGGUUGAACAAAGACACACGAGCUUGGGUGGGCUUUGCCAACCUCUUGGGAGUCUGGACUAUGUUCCCCUUGCUCAAACGGGUUGACCUGAGAGUUCCAUAUGCGGUUUUGACCCUCCUCUGGUCCUACCUGCUGGGUCUCCCACCGACCUCUUUGAGCGCCUACUUCCAAGAAGGUCAAGCUGCCUGGUUGCAAUGGUGCACAGCAUUAUUGCAUCUGCUGUUCUAUGCCGCCAUGGGUGCGUGGCAUGUUCUUGACACAUUUGUAACACCUCCUGCUGAUAAGCCCGACCUAUGGGUCGUGGCAAAUGUUGGAAUUGGUGCUGCAGGUUUCAUUAUCUGUUAUGUUUGGUGCUUCUUCAAGCUCAUUCAAGAGAGCGACCUACUACCUGGAGGCUCAACAAGUAAGAAGGAUAAAAAGAGCAAGACCUUGUAG